AAGGAAAUGCUCUCACGGUUUUAUAGGACAGGACAGAAGGACACAUUUCGUCAAGCAUCUAUCGGCAGCGGCGGAGCGGGAGCAUUCCUCAAGAAUCAAAAUGGAUCGAGUCAAGUCUACGUUUGACAGCAUGAUGAAAAGUGUCCGGUACAGCCGCUUCCCCACGCAGCGUGACGAAGAGACCAACCAGAACGUGGUGUUCAAGCUGUCAGAGGACGACGACAAUGCGGAGGUCGGGCCGGCCAACGGCUCACCAAGAUUCCGGCCAGUCCCUAACGGUGCCUUGAACGGCUGGCGCCUCCUUAUCAUCCUAGCGCUGAGCUUCCUGCUUGUCUUCGCUGUGGGCUGCUUGGUGGGUCACUUCACUGGGAAGAAGCUCGACGUGAAGUCCGCCAGCUGCCCAACUGAGUCGGUGCAGGCGGGAGUCGCGAAGGAGCAAGGGACAGGGGAAGGAGACGACGACGGCAGUGAGGACGUGCCGCAGGAAGAGGUCCCGCUAAGCUGGAACGAAAUCAGCCAGCUUCUCGACGACAAAUUCACCCGCCCCGCUUUCGAUGAGCGUUUCAAGACCUUUGACGUGCCAUCCCGGUCGGCGGGCAGCGAGGGUGACAUCAGUCUGGCCGCGGCCAUCUCAGACGAAUUUAAGGCGCUGGACCUGGAGACCUGGGCGGACGUCCACUACGUUCAGCUGCAGAAACCCGACAGCCAGCGCCCCAACACCGUCACUUUCGGCAGCGAGGUCUUCAAACCCACCGGUUAUUUGGCCUACAGCGCCAUCGGGAAGGUGGAGGGCAAGCUGGUGUACGCCACCUACGGCCGUCGUCAGGAUUUUGAUGCUGUCCGGGCGGCCGGCGUGGAGGUGAAUGGCAGCGUGUUGCUCCUCAGAGCGGGAGCAGGACAGCUCACCUUUGCCGAGCAGGUUGCCAAUGCCGAGGCCCAGGGAGCCUUGGCCGUCCUCAUCUACCCCGACCCGGAAGAUUUUGAUAACAUGGCCGACUUUGAACUCUACGGCCACGUACACCUGGGUUCGGGCGACCCCUACACGCCGGGCUUCCCGUCCUUCAACCACACCCAGUUCCCGCCCACCCGCUCGUCGGCCCUCCCCAGCAUCCCGGCUCAGACCAUCACCUUCCCCAUGGCUAACACCCUCCUAAAGUCGAUUGGCGGCCCAAACAAAAUGGGUGGCGUGGAGAAGAUCAGCGUGGAGGUCAACAACGUGCUGGUCAACACCCAGAUCCACAACGUGUUUGCAGUCCUCAAAGGAUUCAGCGAUCCCGACCAAUACGUGGUCCUGGGGGCGCAAAGGGACGCGUGGGGUCCGGGCUACGCCGGAGCUACUGUCGGCUGCUCCGUUCUCAUGGAGAUGGCCAAGGCCUUCAAAGACUUGGUGGAAAGAGACGGUGUCCGGCCCAAGAGGAGCCUGGUGUUUGCCAGCUGGGGCGCCGGAGAGUACGGGAGCGUCGGCGCCACGGAAUUUUUAGAGGGUUACCUGUCGUCCAUCGACCGAAAGCUUGUCACCUACAUCAGUCUGGAUGGCGUGGUCAUGGGUCGCGGCGGCUUUGUCGCCUCAGCAAGUCCGCUGCUUCGCAAAUUGUUGGAGGACACCAUCAAACAGGUGAAGAGCCCGCUGGAUCGGGGCACUGUGUACAAUAUGGUGGGACAGACGAAAUGGGAGGCCAACGUACUGAGGCCUAUGUCCGUGGAUGACCCGGCCUACCCCUUCUUGGCCUUCGCUGGCGUUCCCUCCAUCUCCUUCCACUUCAUCACUCCCAAUAUGGAGACCUACCCUUACGACGGCAGCGGCCUGGACAACGCGGACCACCUCAACUACAACACGGCCCAGAAGACUGGCGCGAUAGCGGUGCUGGCUGCGCAGUUGGCCGGCCGCAUGGCUCUCCGCCUGGUCCACGACCACAUGCUCAGCUUGGACAUGAGCGGGUACCGCAAGGUCCUCCCCAAGGCCUAUAGCCUGCUCUACACGCAUGUGCGCAACCUCGUCAAUAGUGGUGAGCUGGAAGGCGUGGACCCCAAAUGGCUGAGCAACGCCUACGGAUCCUUCACGCGAGCGAUGGCCAACCUAAACAGAAUCAUCACUACCACCGACCCAAACGAAGAACGCGGCUGUCGGCGCGUCAACGAGAAGCUCAUGAGUGUGGAGCGCAACCUCCUCUCGCCGUAUGUGUCCCCUGUGGAGAGCCCUUUCCGCCACCUCGUGCUAGGCAGAGGCAAGCACACCUUGGCAGCCCUGGCCAAGAACACGGAUCCCCAAGACCUCCACAUUCAGCUGGCCUUGGCCACCUGGAACCUGAAGAUGUGCGCCCAUGCCAUGGUCAGCGACAUCUGGGAAAACGACAAUCAAGUUUAGAACGUGUGCACGUGCACCCCCCCCAAAGUGUGAGUGAAAACGGCAGAAAGUGAAAAUGCUUUUUUAGGCACUUAAUUGGCUGUCAAUCACAGCUCUGUCCCUUACAGGUAUUAUUUCUAUUAGACACUUCACAUCAAUUGAGGGCACUGCCGCUCCUCUUGUAAGAAUGAAGGAAAUGCUGUUUCGGUGGGGGUGGGGGGCUCCUGGUCCCAUCCUAAUACUUGAAAACCUUGCAUGCUACUGACACCCCCCACCUCCCUCACCACAUCUUAACCACCCAAACACUGAGGACCUUAUUUAAUUGUUUUUUUUUUAUAUGAAGUUAUCGGAAGCAGUGCCUUCCAUAAUUAUGACGGUUAUACUGUCUCAUCUGACAGCAGUAUCUGCUAAGCGAACUUAAAACUCAACUGUUGGCGCCGAAACGGAAGCAGCUAAAGCUUUCGAAAAUAUUGUUACCCCCCCAAAAAAAAAAAAUCCAAUUAAGUGAAGCAGGAGAAUAUUAAUCAUGGCGUACAAAAGCCUCCAAAAAAAAAAAAAAGUAAAUGAAGCAAAGCGGACCAAAG